CACACACACACACACACACACACUCGCGUGGCUUUCGCGAAGGUGUCGCUGCCAAGAAACGUGUCCCGCGCGCCACGCCGUCUGUUUCUAGGGCAACGCCGGCGUCUCUUAGCAACCGCGCGCGGCCUAGGUGGAUUCCCCCGGAACCCCCAACUAUGCCAUGACGACCGCGAGUCCUAGCGUCUUUCUACUGAUGGUCAACGGGCAGGUGGAGAGCGCCCAGUUUCCAGAGUAUGAUGACCUCUACUGCAAGUACUGCUUUGUAUAUGGCCAGGACUGGGCCCCCACAGCGGGUCUGGAGGAGGGGAUCUCACAGAUCACAUCUAAGAGCCAAGAUGUGCGGCAAGCACUGGUGUGGAACUUCCCUAUUGAUGUCACCUUUAAAAGCACCAACCCCUACGGCUGGCCACAGAUCGUGCUCAGCGUGUAUGGACCAGAUGUGUUCGGGAACGAUGUGGUUCGAGGCUAUGGGGCGGUGCAUGUGCCCUUCUCACCUGGCCGGCACAAAAGGACCAUCCCCAUGUUUGUCCCAGAAUCUACGUCUAAACUGCAGAAGUUUACAAGCUGGUUCAUGGGGCGGCGACCCGAGUACACAGACCCCAAGGUGGUGGCUCAGGGUGAAGGCCGGGAAGGAAGUUCCCUCUCGCGCUGGCCUUGCUGAAGCCCACUCAGUCGCCUGCAGCCCUCUUAGGUGGAAUCUUUUUCCUCCCACACCCCAUGUGCGGUGGGCCGAGACUGGGAGUGUCCUUGCCGCCUCACUCGCAACCCUCUUCACCACUCCCCCAACAGCCGUGCGUAUUUCUUGUUACUGGUGACCGCACUGCCUCCGAGGACUAGAUUGAGGUGUCCCUCACUCAGGCCAGGCUCUCCCUCCUGUGGCGCUUCCCCCGGCCCUUCAGACCGCCAGGCUCUGCAAGCCCUUGGCCCAGCCCCUUUUUACCAACUGUCAGCCCCUCUUUCCUUGUUUUCCUCCCAACCCAGUUUAGAAUUCCUGGUCACCUGCAUGCACUUCCCGGUAGUGCCCUCCUGCCUUCAUGCUCACCUGGCAGAGCCCUGGUAGCAGUCAGCUGUCCGUCCGCCUGCCCUGCACCUGCCUGAACCGCAGAGCCGCGGCUGCCCAUGUUCCAUCCACAGCCCUGGUCUGUUUCCUUGGACAGCUCCCUAUGAGUUCCCUGAAGAAACAGGUUUUGUCUCUCCAGCCCUCCAGCACCCGCCCUGCCAGCUUAGCUGAGGCGCUCCCUCCAUUCCCACAACCACCCCACACCGCUGCCUUCCUGAGCCGACCUGAGGAUGCGCCUUGGCAGUGUGGCAGACGCGGUGUCUCCGGCUUCUCCCAGGCCCCCACCCACAAGGGGCUUCUUCCUCCUCCCUCCAUCGUGAGCUUUCCUGCACAGGCUCCUUCACGUCAGCCUCCACACAUGCCCCCCACAUGUCACGGGAGGACAACGCACCCCCAGGCUGCUCCUGUCGUCUGCCCCAUUUUAUCACAGCUCCCUGAGCGGCUGUCUUCUCUGUCCAUGGCCUCACCCCACCCAGACCACUGACCUCGGUCGGCAUCAAGGCGACCUGCAGCGUCUUCCCUGAAGCCUCUAGCCUGUGGCGUGCAUGGCCGAGCCUCAGGCCCCUUUCAUCCAGCCUGUCGGCAGCUGCCACAUACUCAAUCACCCUCUUCCGGUUAUGUUUAAUUUUUCCAAUUUUUCUCAACAUCACUCAAAUGUUUAAACAUGGAAAAGUUGACCUCAGUUUACAGUGAGCACCACAUACCCACAGAUUCUACCAUGGCCGCUUUCCUGUUGCAUACUUGCAUUUUUACAUCUAUCAACUAUUCAUCUCUGCUUCAAUCCAUCCUACUUUUAGUGCAUUUCAAAAUAAACCGCAGCAUCAGGACACCGCCUUCCAUGUGUUUCAGCACGCUCACCAUUAACCAGAAUCCAGACUUGAGUGUGUUCUUUUGAGGGGACAUUUACAUACAACAAAAUGCAUAACUAUUUUUCUUUUUUUUUUUGAGACAGGGUCUUACU